CGAGUCGCUCGUUGCGUAUCCAGCCCGGGUUCCCCUUGGGCUCCUGACAUCUAAUGGGUUGCAGAUGUGGCUCCGAGCCGCACAGCCAUCCGAGGGGAAUAUUAAACUUAACUGUGCUACCGGUUCCUUUUUAAAAGCGAAACAAGGCUGCUGCAUUGCUGGAGACCACGUCUAGCUCACCCAGCCUCCUAGACAACGUGCUCAAUGCUUUGAGACUGGAAGGACCUUGCUCUGCAAUGAAGAUGGAGGCAGUAGGAAAAGCAGAAGAACUUGUUGAUUCAGAAAUUCCACCAAAGACUUCUGAAAAGCAAGAGACUGCUCCUGAUGAAGACAGGCCUAUAGAACUGGAGACACAACCUCAGAAGGACAGCGCGCCCACUGCAGCAGACUCUGCAGUGCUCUCUUCCAUGCCUUGCUUGCUGAUGGAGCUGAGGCGGGACUCCUCGGAGUCUCAGCUGGCAUCUACAGAGAGCGACAAGCCAGCGGGUGGCCGAGUUUAUGAGAGUGACUCUUCUAACCACUGCAUGCUUUCCCCUUCCUCCAGCGGGCAUUUGGCCGACUCAGACACGUUGUCUUCCGCAGAGGAGAACGAGCCCUGCCAAGCUGAAGCCGCAGCGGAGGGAGACCCUUCUGCGGUGUCCGGAGCUGCGGUCGGGAGGAAAUCCAGGAGAUCCAGGUCCGAAAGUGAGACUUCAACAAUGGCUGCCAAGAAAAACCGACAGUCUAGCGAUAAGCAGAAUGGCCGAGUUCCCAAGGUGAAGGGUCACCGGAGCCAAAAGCACAAGGAGAGGAUCCGGCUGCUGAGGCAGAAGCGGGAGGCGGCUGCUCGCAAGAAGUACAACCUGCUGCAGGACAGCAGUACCAGCGACAGUGACCUGACCUGUGACUCCAGCACGAGCUCGUCAGACGACGACGAGGAGGUUUCAGGGAGCAGCAAGACAAUCACUGCAGAGAUACCAGAUGGACCCCCUGUGGUGGCUCACUAUGAUAUAUCAGACACAAACUCAGACCCAGAAGUGGUAAAUGUGGACAAUCUGUUGGCGGCCGCAGUAGUUCAAGAGCACAAUAAUUCUUUAGGAAAUCAAGACUCAGGAUCUGCCUGGAGAACCAGAGGGCUGCUGAAUGAAAUGAGUGCUGAUACAGAUCGUUUGGAUCCAGGCUUCCUUCCAGGUGACAAAAUCUCUUGUGGAAAUGCCCAGGCCAAUGAAGAAAUUAACAUUGCCUCUUCUGAUAGCGAAGUGGAGAUUGUUGGAGUUCAGGAACAUGCCAGGUGUGUGCAUCCCAGGGGAGGGGUGAUCCAGAGCGUGGCCUCCUGGAAGCGCGGCUCGCCCUUCGGCAGCGCCCAGCCCGCGCAGCCAUGGACAGCAGUGGCUCCCCAGCAGAACUGGUCCUCGCCCCCAGAAGUGGUGGAUCUGACUCUGGACGAGGACACCAGGCGCAAAUACCUCCUGUAAGGCCGUUGUCACUGUGCUCUGCCCCCUCCCCUCCUGCCCUCCCUGGCACAGAGCGGUGAAACCAUCACCUCCAGAGGCCCCGUCCUUGGCACCAAGAAACCCAAACCCACGGCGUUUCUCCACCUCCACACAGGAAUGUAGUCUGAUUUCAGUAUCACUUCAAAGGGUUCUGCCUUCUCCGAGGAGGAUUCCUGCCCAGAAUUAACAGCACCAAAUUUAAAACACAUCUGCAGUUACUAACGUGUGCGUGUGUACCUAACGAAAUAACUGCGUGCAAACUUACGUCCUCCCACGCUCCCCACCUCCCGACUCCAGGACUUUUUUAAUUUAUCAGUAUCUUGAGUUUGUUAGUAGAAGUUAGUGUGUUGCUGUGUGAGCAUCAGUGAUUUUGAGAAAUGCUGUGUCCUCACUGAUUUCAGUGGAACUGGGGGGUAUUCAACACUUCCAAAAUUCGGGCCAGGAGUAUUUUUACCCAGACUGAUUUGGUUAUGUUACCAGCAGGAGGGAUUGUCUUUAAUGCAAAUGGCCCAUAAAAAAUGCACUGAACAGCUUUUAAUUAAAACAUUUUUUAUUUUCAAUGUAAUUUAUAGUUUAUACUCUUCAGUGCUGAGUCUUCUGUCCACUUGACUACUGUGUUUCGCUGGUCAAUUCCCACAGCUUGGAAUGGCUAAAAUAGUAAUAGUAGUGACUUAGGAACAGCUGAACAUUGCAAAAGCACAGGAAAAAGUAAUAAAAAGGCCCAGCAUCCCUCUCCUCUUUAAUUAUAGCUUAUUAUUAUUACCUCUAUCUGAGUUUUGCUGGAGUAGAUGAAGAAGAGGAAUUAAACAUUUUACUCACAGUCCCCAUUUCUACUGCUGCUUGUUUGUGUCAUUCACCAUCUCAGAAAACAAAAAACAAAUCCCAAGCAAAUUCCAAAGCUCCAGCCUGGCAAAGGGGUGGUCAGCUGGGACCUGUUCCUGGAAUUUGUGGGGCCACUCAAGUGCUUAAAACUCUGUCCUGAAAGAUGUUGCAGGAUCAGGGUCAGAAACUAAGGCUAUGGUUUUUAACUUUUUUUUUUUUUUUUUUUAAUCAGUAAUCUGCACCAUUUCCCUGGCUUUCAAUCAUGCCUCUCCUGCUAGUUUUGGAAAUUCCAAGAUUCAGGAAACACUUUCUACCAGAAUAUUUACCAAAAUCAGUGGAACAACUCACUUUAGCGGGCUGCAGUUUCUGUGGUGUACAUGGAAAUUCCUGUCCCUCAUCUGUCAUUUUGAGCCUUUCCCAAGGCAAAAACCAAAGAUUAGACUUUAACAAGAUGAUAUUAUUCAUUUUAAAUGUCUACUGUGCAAUUGAAACAUUCCUUCAUAUUCCAGAAAUUUCUGUUGGGAAUUUUGUACAGCUCUGCCAUUAGAUUUUUCACUAUUUAAAGCUGAACAAGGGUGGUCAGGACAUGGGAUGUUCUGCCUUUCUUUUGUGUCGGCUGGUUUUCGAAAUUUAUUUGGUUUCCCCUAAUUUUAUCUGUGGGCAAAAUAAAAAAUUAAAAUAGA